UGAAUCGCCAUUUCUAUAUCCAUAGCAACGCUGCCGGAUGUUGGUAUGUUCAUUUGUAUACACUUAGGCCCGGCGUUUCCUGUUAAGAGAUACGCCAUAUUAUCAUUAGUCGACGAUACGGAGUAUCUGUUGGAGCUUUCCAUUAUUUCUUCGAUUAAGAGACCUCUGAGGAAGAUUAAUAAUGAGCGACAUCGAGAGAAGUGGCAGUCGCAGCGCGAGCCCACGAAGGCCACGAACUGCAGAUGGCGGUCUAAGGGAUUCGCGAUCGCAUUCACGAUCGCGUAAAUCACGCGAACGGAAAGAGGCGCAUAGAGAGGUCAAGUAUUCGAGAUCGCGAAGCCGUUCCGUAUCGCGUGGCCGGAAGUCAUAUCGCGGUAGCAAGUACACGAAUGUCGGACAUCGAGGCAGUAGCCGUAGUAGGAGUCGCUCGCCAUAUCGUAGUGGCCGUUAUUCCCGUAGCAGAUCACGUUCAUAUUCUCGAUCGCGAUACUCUCGCGACCGACAUGUAUAUCGAUCUCAUUCGCGCAGUCCAAUGUCGUCUAGGCGACGACACGUUGGCAAUCGCGACAAUCCAUGUCCAUCCCGAUGUUUAGGUGUAUUUGGACUAUCGAUUUUUACAACUGAACAACAAAUUCAUCACAUAUUCUCUAAAUAUGGUCCCGUUGAACGAGUACAGGUUGUUAUUGAUGCAAAGACUGGAAGAUCUCGAGGAUUUUGUUUUGUAUAUUUUGAAUCAUCGGAGGAUGCCAAAGUAGCUAAAGAGCAAUGUACUGGCAUGGAUAUUGAUGGAAGAAGAAUAAGAGUAGAUUUCUCUAUUACACAGCGUGCUCACACACCCACUCCUGGAAUAUACAUGGGAAAACCUACGCAUUUGCAUGAUAGAGGAUGGGACGGACCCAGACGUAGAGAGAUUAGUUAUAGAGGAAGUUACCGUCGUUCUCCUAGCCCGUACUACAGCCGCCGACGUUCUCGCUACGAUCGUUCCAGAUCACGUUCUUAUUCACCACGUCGGUAUUAAGUGACACGAGUGUGAUGCGAGAGGCCAGGUGUUUUGGAGAGAGCCCUUGACUUUGACCCAAAUAUUUCUCUCUUCUAACAACGGGUCAAAAAAGAAAUUAUAUUAAAAAAAUAUGUCACAAUAUUACUAUUCUUACCUUACCAAAAUUCUGCAUCAUAUGCGAUUCAAUUGUGCAGCAUUUAAGUUGCAAUAUUAUAUAACAUCGAUUAACAAUAUUUCAAUGCAUAAAAUGUAGCAUAUUGCAUGAAAUCAGUAAGGUUGGAAUAGAAGUAAAAACCUUAUUUUCAUAAGUUUAUAUUUCUUCCUACUAGUAUUAUGAAGAUAAGGUUUAAAUUAUGUAAAAAAGUGUUAUAAUGUGAAAGCUGGAAUAUGAUUGAGAGCUCGGUGUUUUCUCGAUUGUUAGCUUAUAAUUAUAUCGAUUGUAUUCCAGCCAUUGGGCUGAAUCUGAUAAAAAUAUGGAGUUAUUCUCUCCAAAAAACAAAAAAAAGCAAGAAAACGAAACAAAAAGAUGCAAAAAAGAAUAAUAAUGAACCUCGAGUAAAAAUAAGUUCUCUAACUUGUUUGUUUGUUUAUAAGGUUUUGAAUCAAGAGGUAUUGGAUGAUAGAGGGAAGUUUGAAGUUUCUCUCACUCUGAAAAAAUGAGUUUUGAAAAGUUGAAGACAAGAUAUCCGAAGACACGUUUAUCUUGCUCAUUAUCAAGAAUCCGAAGGUUUUCUCGGUUGCUUGUGACAAAGAAUAUGAUCUGCAAUUCAUUUCCGGCUGAGAAGUCUCAAGCUUAGAAGAGAACUUCAAGCGCUCAGUAAUGCAAGUCCGAAGACAGUUGAUCGUCAGGCCCCCCGACCGAGACAGACGAAUCGUUUGGUUGGGGGUGAAACAGGGCCGAUGUGUUUCCGAAAAUAUUCAAGAAGCAUCGAAAUCUUUUAUAAUAGGAACGAGCGUAAGGUGCUCCCAGACCUUUAUACCGAUCAUAUUCUUUAUCAGUUGGUUUGGUUGCUACGUGUCAUAUUAUUCGCUUUAGAGAAAUGCA